AUGGCCUUAGAAUACGAUGUCGUGAUUAUUGGUCCACUUCAAACCAAUUGCACUGUGAUAGGUUUCCCUUCUGGCAGUGCUAUCUGUGUUGAUCCUGGUGGAGACAUUGAUCCCAUAAUGGAAGCUGCCUUGAAAUUGAAGCUCACAAUCAAAAAGGUCUACCACACGCAUGGCCAUUUUGACCAUAUUCUCGGUUCUGGAGUGCUGCGAAAGGCAACUCAAGCUGAACUGCUCAUUCACAAGAAUGACAAGGCCAUGAUUGUGAAUAUGGCUAAACAGGUCGAACGUUUUGGAUAUAAACUCAACCCUGAAGCUGAAGUUGGUGAAGCUGACGUUUACUUUGAUGGGGGUGAAGAUAUUGAGUUGGAUGGUGAGGUCGUUGGGAAGAUAAUACAUACUCCAGGUCAUACUCCUGGAUCAAGCUCGUUCUACUUCCCAUCUGCAAACCUUGUUUGUGCUGGUGAUACUCUCUUUGCAGGUUCCGUUGGCCGAACCGACUUACCUGGAGGAAACUUCCACACAAUCGAAGAAUCAAUUAAAUCCAAGCUAUACGCGCUACCCAACGACGUUAAAGUUAUACCCGGGCAUGGUUCUCAUACUUCAAUUGGGCGUGAAAAGAAGUUUAACAUGUUUGUACGCGACGAGCCUACAGCUGAUGCAUCAGAUUCUGAGGGCGAGAAGAGCCCUGGCGGUGGAAGUGGAACAGAUGGAGCAAGUGGAGCAGGAUUCAGUGCUCACGCAAGUCACGGAUACCAAUGCCCUGCAUGUGCAAUGUAUGCCGAAGAAGCAAAAUUGUAG